CUGCCAGACGUUUUGAAACUGGAUAUACAUGCAUUCAGCUUAUUAAUUGGAUAUCAUGAUUCAAUUCAUUCAGCUUUAUCAUUAAAUUUAUAUAUGCCAAAGGAUGCAAUGAUCGAAUGAAUUUUCAAUCUUGCAGAAGUUAUAAUUGCCUAUCCACUGCCUUCACUUGAACUAAAGUUUGAACGCAGUUGUUAUUAUUUAUAUGCCAAUAAUAUAAAGCAAUAUAUUAUUCUGUGUUGUUUUACAGUCUCAGUUGGAAGAAAAUGGAUAUAAAGGGUUUACCUUAAAGGAAUUGAUAAAUAAAAUAAAGAAAUUACGCCAGAGAUAUAGGAAAGAAAAAGAUAGGUCACGGCAAACAGGAAUGGGUGUCUUAAAAAAGUGGAAGUCUUUUAACGAGAUUGAUGCUUUUCUAACUGUACGACACAACGUCAAUCCGUUAAAAAUCAUCGACACUAUGGCAGAAGGUGAUGAACAAGGUGUGCAUGAAUUUGAUGAUGGAGAACAGGGAAGGUUAGAGGAUAGCAGUUUCGACCAAGUUAAUGAUAUGAUCAAUAUGUAUGGCAAAGGUGAAUCUCAUCUUCAAAAGUGUCCUACCUGUGAUUACGAAGAAGAGUUAAAAAGUGGUGGGGUACAUGUAACUGAAAAUGGGGCGGUUAUUGUGUACGCCAAUGACGACCAGUUUUCUUGCCCAAAUUGCUCUUCAGAAAAUGACAAGCAACAGCCAGAAAACAUUUCUGGCUUUAAUGAUAACGGUGGAAACGACAAUUGUCCAGUUAUGAAUUUCCAAAAAGAAGUUAAUCCAGUCACAAACAUGAGAAGAAGUCAAGAAAAACCAUCGACAGAAGAAACAAAGUCAAAUCGUGAAACGGCCCCAAGUUUGCCCCGUAAAAAAAGAAAAAGCAAUGUAGAGAAAAGCUUAGAGGUUAUAUUUGCAAAAUUUGAACAGUCGUCAGCAGCUGAAUUUGAAAGGUAUCAGAAGUUUGAACAGGAUCGCAUUGAUAGAGAAAAUGAAUUUCGAUUAAAACAAAUUCAGCUUGAAAAUGAGAGAAGAAGAGAGGAACGGGCACAUGAGCUAAAUAUGAUGCGUAUGAUGUUAUCAUCACCAGCUCAACAGCCUUCUGCUCCGAUAAAUGGUUACCAACAACAUAAUUAUCAUAUUGGGUACAGUGUUGAUCAAUUUGGUUCACAAGUAUAUCCACGUGACAGCAGCGUUCAAAGUGAUUCAAACACAGAAAAAACCUUUUUGCAAUUGUAAUACUUUGUUAUCAUUUAAACUGCUGAUAUUUCUUCAUUAUAUUCGUUUUCUUUACCUGCUUUUCACUGAACAGGUGGACA